CUACUGGCUCCCAAGGCAGAUCUCUUCUUGUAAGGGCACAGUGUGGAGCCUCUGAAGUCUGGAGAUUUUUCUCUGCAGAUGCAGGAAGAAAGCAGGUGGAUGGAUAAAUAAACAUGGCCUUGCUCCUGGUGUCCUUGCUGGCUUUCCUGAGCUUGGGCUCAGGAUGUCAUCAUCGGAUCUGUCAAUGCUCUAACGGGGUUUUCCUUUGCCAAGAGAGCAAGGUGACAGAGAUCCCCUCCGACCUCCCCAGGAAUGCGGUUGAACUGAGGUUUGUUCUGACCAAGCUUCGAGUCAUCCCAAAAGGAGCAUUUUCUGGAUUUGGGGACCUGGAGAAAAUAGAGAUCUCGCAGAACGAUGUCUUGGAAGUGAUAGAGGCGAAUGUCUUCUCCAACCUGCCUAAGCUACAUGAGAUUAGAAUUGAAAAGGCCAACAACCUGCUAUACAUCGACCCUGAUGCCUUCCAGAACCUUCCCAACCUCCGAUAUCUGUUAAUAUCCAACACAGGCAUUAAGCACUUGCCAGCUGUUCACAAGAUUCAAUCUCUCCAAAAGGUUUUACUAGACAUUCAAGACAACAUAAAUAUCCACACCAUUGAAGGAAAUUCUUUCGUGGGGCUAAGUUUUGAAAGUAUGAUUCUAUGGCUGAGUAAGAAUGGGAUUCAAGAAAUACACAACUGUGCAUUCAAUGGAACCCAACUAGAUGAGCUGAAUCUAAGUGAUAACAAUAAUUUGGAAGAAUUGCCUAAUGAUGUUUUCCAGGGAGCCUCUGGACCAGUCAUUCUAGAUAUUUCAAGAACCAGAAUCCACUCCCUGCCUAGCUAUGGCUUAGAAAAUCUUAAGAAGCUGCGGGCCCGGUCGACCUACAACUUAAAAAAGCUUCCCAGUCUGGAAAAGUUUGUCACACUCAUGGAGGCCAGCCUCACCUACCCCAGCCACUGCUGUGCCUUUGCAAACUGGAGGCGGCAAAUCUCCAACCUUCAUCCAAUUUGCAACAAAUCUAUUUUAAGGCAAGAUGUUGAUGAUGUGACUCAGGCGAGGGGUCAGAGAGUCUCUGUAGCAGAAGAAGAUGAGUCCAGUUAUGCCAAAGUAUUUGACAUGAUGUACAGUGACUUUGACUAUGACUUAUGCAAUGAAGUGGUUGAUGUGACUUGCUCCCCCGAGCCAGAUGCAUUCAAUCCGUGUGAAGAUAUUAUGGGGUAUGAUAUCCUCAGAGUCUUGAUAUGGUUUAUUAGCAUCCUGGCCAUCACUGGGAACAUCAUCGUGCUGCUGAUCCUGGUCACCAGCCAAUACAAACUCACAGUCCCCCGGUUCCUUAUGUGCAAUCUGGCCUUUGCCGAUCUCUGCAUUGGAAUCUACCUGCUGCUCAUAGCGUCCGUUGAUAUCCACACCAAAAGCCAGUACCACAACUAUGCCAUUGACUGGCAAACUGGAGCAGGCUGUCAUGCUGCUGGCUUUUUCACUGUCUUUGCCAGUGAGCUCUCAGUCUACACUCUGACAGCCAUCACGCUGGAAAGAUGGCAUACCAUCACCCACGCCAUGCAGCUAGAAUGCAAAGUGCAGCUCCGCCAUGCUGCCAGUGUCAUGCUGGUAGGCUGGGUCUUUGCUUUUGCAGUUGCCCUCUUUCCCCUCUUUGGCAUCAGCAGCUACAUGAAGGUGAGCAUCUGCUUGCCCAUGGAUAUUGACAGCCCCUUGUCACAGCUUUAUGUGAUGUCCCUCCUUGUGCUCAAUGUCCUGGCCUUUAUGGUCAUCUGUGGCUGCUACACUCACAUCUACCUCACAGUGAGGAACCCCAACAUCAUGUCCUCCUCUAGUGACACCAAGAUUGCCAAGCGCAUGGCCAUGCUCAUCUUCACGGACUUCCUCUGCAUGGCACCCAUCUCCUUCUUUGCUAUCUCUGCCUCCCUCAAGGUGCCUCUCAUCACUGUGUCCAAGUCAAAGAUCCUCCUGGUCCUGUUCUACCCCAUCAACUCCUGUGCCAACCCCUUCCUCUAUGCCAUCUUCACCAAGAAUUUCCGCAGGGAUUUCUUCAUUCUGCUGAGCAAGUUUGGCUGCUAUGAAAUCCAAGCCCAGACUUAUAGGACAGAAACCUCAUCCAAUGCCCACAAGUUUCAUCUAAGAAAUGGCCACUGCCCUCCAACUCCCAGGGUUACCAAUGGUUCCAAUUACACACUUAUCCCCCUAAGCCACUUAGUCCAUAACUAAAACACAGUGUGCAAAUGUUUCUGAGUGUUGUACAAUAAUUACGUCUUGCCUUUGAAGAAUAUGUCAUGGCAUAACUGACAAGAGUAUUUCUACAUAGUUCAUCAAAUUUAAUCUUCCUGGCACAUCUAUAAGGUAAACUGGUCAGAAACUAUUAACUUUGUGUGAUAAAUUAGGAAGCUGAAGUAUUAAUAACAACACUAAUAAUUAAAAUAAUGUAAUACUACAUCA